AUGGAUAAUAAUAAUAAUGAUAUAAUUAGUAAAAUGAAUACAAUGUUGGCAUCUGAUGUCAAUUUGUUAGAAUAUUUAGAGAAGGAUACAUAUCAACAUUUAUUGAAUUAUUAUGAUGAAGAACAGCUGAGUUCUAUUCAGAGAGCACAAACAACAGUACAAUCAUUGACAUGUGUUCGUGUUAAUACUUUAAAAAUAUCAAAGAAUCAAUUAAUUGAGAAAUUGAUUGAUCAUUUCAAUAACAAUAACAAUAAUGGUCAACCAUCAACAUAUAAACUUUCAUUUGAUGAUAUCAUUUCAUUUGAUCAACUUUUAAAUAAAGAUAAUAACAAUAGUGAAGAUAAUCAUAAAAAUAAUGAAGAAAUAUUAAAUAAAUUAAAUAAUGAACCAGGUGUAAUUGGAUCGGAUAAAACAAUUGUAAAAGGUGAAAAAGUAUCUAUUUUUGUAGAUUUGAUGGGUGAUGGGAAAAAGGGAUUUGUUGUUGAACAAUUCUAUAAAGAAAGGACUGUUUAUAUUGGAAAUGGAAUAUCUCUAUUGGAUAGAUUAGAUUAUUUCAGUGGUAAUGGUGGUGUGGCAAUCGAAAUGACUGAGAGAAUCUAUGAAUGUCCACCAUUGAACGCUUUGUUCCCCGAUUUACUGUUUCUUCAACAUCUACCAUCGAUUCUCGCUGUAUUCCAACUGGACGUAAAGAGUGGCCAGCGAGUACUGGACAUGUGUUCUGCACCGGGCGGUAAAACCACUCUGAUAGCAUCGCUCAUGUCCGACACCGGAACGAUCAUCGCCAUCGAUAAAAACAAGAAAAAACAACAAACCGUCCAAAAGCUAUGUUUGGAGCUGGGUAUCAAGUCGGUCACCUGCUUAUCACGUGACUCUGCGAAACUCACAAAGCAACCGAGAGAUCUACCAGAGUUUGCAGAUGAGUCGUUCGACCGUAUUCUACUGGACGGUCCGUGCUCAGGACUUGGUUCACGACCACGAUUCAUCGAGCCGAGCAAACUGAUCGAUUUGACAAACGCCACCGACAUCCAGCGACGAUUGAUCGAUAAUGCAGUGCCGCUGUUGAAGCGCGGUGGAAUAUUGGUGUACUCGACAUGCACUAUCAAUCCAGAGGAGAACGAACAGAACGUAGCAUACCUACUGGCGAAACACUCCAACAUGCGACUGAUAGCACAGUUUCCGCAUGUCGGUGAUAGAGGUCUACAGAAAUGCGGACUCACUCCAGAGCAACAGCAUUUGGUUCAACGAUUCGAUCCAUCCAAUAAAUUAUCAUCGAUCGGUUUCUUUAUUGCAAGAUUCAUAAAAGAAUAA